GCGGCGGGUGCGCGCGCGCCUCCCCUCCCUCCCCUGCUCUGCCCCCCCGCCCCCGCCGCCGCCAUGAUAGUGUUUGUCAGGUUCAACUCCAGCCAUGGCUUCCCGGUGGAGGUUGGUUCGGAUGCCAGCAUCCUCCAGCUGAAGGAGGUGGUUGCCCAGCGACAGGGAGUUCCAUCUGACCAGCUGCGGGUGAUUUUUGCAGGGAGGGAGCUCAGCAAUGACUUGACACUGCAGAACUGUGACCUGGCCCAGCAGAGUAUCGUUCAUAUAGUUCAGAGUCCACAGAAGAACAGUCAGAACAAGGAUGAGACAGAAGAUAACUGUGCUGGAGGUAUUCCAAAAGCCUUGGAAAGAGAACCUGAAAGUCUAACUCGCAUAGAUCUCAGCACCAGCAUCCUCCCAUCACUCUCUGCAGGUUUGGCUGUUAUUCUGGAUACUACAAAAAGCAUUUCUCUUCCCUCUGAAAAAUCAGGUGCAGCUAGUUACAACAGUUUUUUUGUUUUUUGCAAAAAUUUCUGCCAAGCUGUGAAACCCGGGAAACUGAGGGUCCGCUGCAGUGUGUGUAAACAAGGAACACUGACGUUGGCAAGAGGUCCAUCUUGCUGGGAUGAUGUGCUGAUUCCCAACAGAAUAAGAGGUGUUUGCCAGUCCCCAAGGUGCAAUGGAAACAUAGCGGAGUUUUACUUUAAAUGUGGAGCACACCCAACGACUGACAGUGAAACAUCUGUGGCUUUGAACCUCGUUACAACAAACAGUCGCUGUAUCACAUGUAUCACAUGCACAGAUAUUAGGAGUCCUGUGCUUGUGUUCCAGUGCGUGCAUCGCCAUGUCAUUUGCCUGGACUGUUUCCAUUUGUACUGUGUGACUAUGCUGAAUGACCGUCAGUUCAUCCAUGACCCGGAGCUUGGCUAUUCCCUCCCUUGCGUAGCUGGCUGUCCAGACUCCUUGAUUAAAGAGCUUCAUCACUUCAGGAUUCUGGGAGAAGAACAGUACAACCGUUACCAGCGCUAUGGGGCGGAGGAAUGCGUGCUGCAGAUGGGAGGAGUGCUGUGUCCAACUCCUGGCUGUGGAGCAGGUUUGCUUCCUGAACCCGGAGUGAGGAAAAUUGUAUGUGAACCGGGCAACGGAAUGGGCUGUGGGUUUGUGUUCUGCCGUGAAUGUAAAGAAGAAUACCAUGAAGGGGAAUGUAGCUCUCUCCUCAGCAUGCAGGGAGCCAUGGCCCAGAAGGGAUACGUAGUUGAUGAACGUGCAGCCAUGCAAGCUCGAUGGGAAGAGGCAUCUAGAGAAACAAUCAAGAAGACAACCAAGCCAUGCCCCAGCUGCAAUAUUCCAGUAGAAAAAAAUGGUGGCUGCAUGCACAUGAAAUGUCCUCGCCCGCAGUGCAGAUUUGAGUGGUGCUGGAACUGUGGCCUGGAGUGGAACAGAACCUGCAUGGGAGAUCACUGGUUUGACUAGUGCUGCUGAGGCCAGCUCCUGUUGCUGCUAAAGCUUGUUUUCAUCAGGGCCAAAUUCUGAACUCC